CGCGCCAACUUUAUUCAGUUGACAAAAUUAAUGGCCAUGAGUUCGUAUAUGGUGAACUCUAAGUAUGUGGAUCCCAAAUUUCCUCCUUGCGAGGAAUAUUUGCAGAGCAGCUACCUAGCCGAGCAGGGGUCAGAGUACUACAGCGCCUCGCAGGGCGCUGAUUUCCAGCACCAGGGAAUCUACCCACGGUCAAACUACAGCGAGGCGCCCUUUAGCUGUAGCAGCGGCCCGGGCUCCGCCGGGCAGCCGCGGGGUCACGGGCAGGAGCAGUCCGGGCCCGCGGGCCCCUUCCCCGGCCCUGCGGAGCCCUGCGCGCCGCCCGCGCUGCCCUCGUCCCGCGCCUGCAGCCAGCAGCCGGCCCUCAAACCGCCGAGCGGGGCAGCGCUUAAGCAGCCGGCGGUAGUUUAUCCUUGGAUGAAGAAAGUCCAUGUUAACUCGGUGAAUCCCAAUUACAGCGGAGGGGAACCUAAGCGCUCCCGAACAGCUUACACCAGACAGCAAGUCCUAGAACUGGAAAAAGAAUUUCAUUUUAACAGGUACCUGACUAGGCGCCGCCGCAUUGAGAUAGCCCACACUUUGUGUCUCUCUGAGCGCCAGAUCAAGAUCUGGUUUCAGAACAGAAGAAUGAAGUGGAAAAAAGACCACAAACUGCCCAACACUAAGGGCAGGUCUUCUUCCUCUGGUUCAAACCCACAUUUACAGACUGUUUCCAAGGACCAUCAGACUGACUUGACAACUUUAUAGAAGAGGUGAAAUUUUCCAUUUCAUCCUUUGCUUCUGACCAGUACUGUACAUAACUGACAUUAUCCAAGCAGAACCUGCAUGUAGCAGCUAAAGAAUCAAGACACUGUCAUCUUUCUUUAAGGUACUGUUGUACAAAGGAGACAAAAUGAAGCUACUUUGGACUUUAUUUUAUUUGCCUCUACUAGCACAACCUAAGAAAGAAAGAAAGAGAAAAGAAACAUCAAGCAGGCAGUGGGAAUUGGGAAAAUAUUAAAGGAGACCCUCUGUCCAUUAAUAGUAAUAAAUCAUUGAAAAUGAAACUGUCCUGUGUUUCAGUUUUGAAUUUGGAAAUGAAGGUUAAAUGCUUUAUUCUGGAAUUUUGCUUUUAAUUGUAUUUUUAUUCCAUGCAAUUUCGGGAUGAUGCAUUAGGGCAAGUUGAGGUUAGSAAUAUCAUAGUAUAGUCUUUUAUUUAACCAUGAAGACUAGUAUUUGUGAACUUUUUGUGCUGCUUUACCUUUCUUGGUGUAAUGAAAAUACUUGCUCAUUUCCAUACCAUCUCAGAAGAUGUGCAUAGGAAUUAAGUGAAAACGGGUUAUUUUAUGUUCUGAUUGUG